CGGACGAUUGCCUCCUUACAGCGAUCUGACAUACUCUCCGACAAGGAUCUCAACUUCGUGUCGACAAAAUUGUAGCUUGCAAUCUCGACCACCAGUGGUUGAAGAAUAACUUGACCCAUGUUGAUGAUGCUUUUUCGAGCGUUGGAGGCAGUUCCACGCCGAAUACCUUGCCUCACCCUCGACAACCUGAGAUUAUCAGAUUCAGGUCUGGGCUCCAUGAUCACAGCUGGCGUCAAAAUAGGGGCAGAGCAAGUGAUCCUGUGCAUAAACAUAGACGCUUUGGCUGCCAUCGAUGACGAUUGCCAGACCAUCGUUAUCAAGCAAUGCGAUUCUGUUCAUGAUCUUCAGAGUAUCUCGUUACCUUCCUCAUCAAAAUCACUGGAGUUGGACAGGUGCGGUAGCAAAGAACCGCGGCGGGUACCCGAUGCCCGUAUGUGGGACGGUGAUACAGUCACCAUCACGAACAGCCACUCCUCCUGCAUAGAGAUCGUCUUACAUCUCCUCGGCGCACCAUUCAAUGAUCAUGUUUGUUCCCUGUGGCGCCAUGUCACUACUCUCAAGCUCGUAGCCAACGGCCCUUUCGUGCCGUUGACUUUACUGAAGGCGAUGAUCACCAGCCGGCAGGGGGCUGCGGGGCAGAACAAUUUGCCAGGGAAGAACGACGAGGAUAAUGUGGAAUUAGAAGGUGUGCGUCCGCUCAUGGUGUUCCAUGUGCAUGGGGGACAACAUAUGACACACGAGGAGAGAGCGUGGUUCAAGAAACGGGUGAAGGACUUCGUAUGGAGGUGAGGGGUGGUUUGUAUGCAUGGGCCGUUCCAAAGACACGUAUGUAGUAGUAAGAUUAUCAAUAUUUAGGCUGACGACCACUAUAAGCAAUACUGAGUGUUUCAUACUUA